GUCUACAUCUGCAGGACACGCCCUCCCGCCUACAACAUCCUUUGAUCCUCAACUUGAUUGACAGGAGGGAGAAGUUACAGAGACAGAAGCCUUACAGUCCCAGCAGGCCUACAGAACAAGCACCUGUCAGUACAAACAACUUAUGAGUAUGAUAAGGGACUUUGUUAACACCAAUGGAUCUGUCACUCACAAAAUUCAGCUAAUGGAAAAAUUAUUAAGGGUUUGCCAAUCUGGAGAAUUAACCAGUGAGAUUGCAGAAGAGAGGACCUGGCAGAAAACUCACCAGCGAUUGGUCAGCUCCCUAGAGCAGGAGUUCCCUUUGUACAGAGACAUCACCACACCCUUCAUAGUCGCCCUCCAACAGGUGAGAUGUGGUAUAAGGCUUAUUGCUGGCUGUGUCAAAGAAGCGUACAAUGCUCAACAAUUAACUGACAGAAAGACUGAAGGUGACCAGUCAGAUGUGAUCAGCAGUUUAAAGCUAGCUCAGAAAAUCCUGCUAGUGGAGAGGCUGGUGUUAGGUUGUGGGGGUCAGGUGAAGGAGAACAGGACAGACCAAACUUCAAGGAGUUAA